AUGGACUUUUGUGCAAAGAAACUUACUGAUGAGGAAAUGAUUCAAAAAACUCUAUCGACCUUUCCUACCUCUUCCAUGAUACUAGCAAACCAGUAUUGUUUAGAGGUAGAUAACAAAAGAAUCACCACAUUCAGUAGGUUGAUAAACUUACUGCAAGUGGUCGAAAGGCAUAAUGGGAUUCUUGUCAACAACAAUUCCAGAGCUGUCGGGAAAAAGAAAGUUCCCGAAGCUAACCAUGAUAAGGUCAACAAAGGGAAGGUCCCCAAAGGAAAGAGGGCUCGACAUUCUAAUUCACAUCCCCAUGAUCCAUACCCACGUGGAGAUAACACCUCUCGUGGAAGAGGGCGUAAGAGACAUAAUCGAGGUCGAGGGCGAAAUGGUCAUUCUAAUGUUUGGCACAGAGAAGAAACUUCUGGCCAUAGUGGUAGUGAUCCUAAUUUCUAUAAAACCCUUACGAAUCCCGCCACUAAAAAGGCUUCAGAUGUAAGUGCGCCUUGUUUUAAGUGUGGAUUCACCGGACAUUGGUACAAGAAUUGCAAGGCUAGCGCCAAUGUAGCUGCGAGCUAUAAAAAGUACCAGGAAGAUAUCGAACAAGAGGCUAACUACGCAGAAGAAAAUACUGUUACCCUUGACGCUAACCUCACAAUCUCAGAUUUCCUGGGAAACGAGGAUUUUGCCCAACAAUGGAUGUUCCUGACUUUUCCUAGGCCUAAACAUUUAGUUUCUUGUUUCAAGGCUUACUAG